UACUUUCGACAACCCUAUACCCAAGUAAUGUACAAGUACCUUAAAACUGUACUUAAGUACAGUACUUGAGAUACAUUCCACCACUGAUAUGUGGCUCUCGAUCCUAACAGAGAAGAAGAAAGUGGAGGCGCAGUGAAAGAAUGAUCGAGGGAGCACCAGAGAGAAGGUAGAAGAGGUCCCGAACACACAGCAGCAGGUGGUAACGGGGCGCGGUGAUGGCGGCGUGGCUGGGCCGCGUCUCUCUGGGCGACGCCUGGUUCAACAUGUACUCCCGCCUGGUGAGGACCAAGCCCGUGGGCUCCAUGGCUCACGGCUCCGACGACCUCACCGAGCUCGGGGAGGGCUCGCCGGUCGGCCUCGCCAAGGUCCUGACCACCGUGGACCUGGUGUCGCUGGGCGUGGGCAGCUGCGUGGGCACGGGGAUGUACGUGGUGGCCGGGCUGGUGGCCAAGUCCAUGGCCGGGCCCGGGGUCAUCCUGUCCUUUAUUAUCGCAGCCGUGGCCUCCAUACUGUCAGGUGUGUGCUACGCAGAGUUCGGGGUCCGGGUCCCGAAGACGACGGGAUCGGCCUACACCUACAGCUACGUCACUGUCGGGGAGUUUGUGGCGUUUUUCAUCGGCUGGAAUCUGAUCCUGGAGUACCUGAUCGGCACGGCAGCCGGAGCCUCGGCGCUCAGCAGCAUGUUCGACUCUCUGGCCAAUCACAGCAUCAGCCACUACAUGAUCACACACCUGGGCACGCUCCGAGGACUCGGUAAAGGAGAGGACACGUACCCGGACCUGCUGGCCCUGUUCAUCGCCCUGCUGGUCACAGUCGUCAUCGCUCUCGGCGUGCGUAACUCAGUUGGCUUCAACAACGUCCUCAACGUGGUCAACCUGGUGGUCUGGGUCUUCAUGAUCAUCGCCGGACUCUUCUUCAUCUCUGCCAGCAACUGGGGGAGCGGCCAGUUCCUGCCCUACGGCUGGUCCGGGGUGAUGCAAGGUGCAGCGACGUGCUUCUACGCCUUCAUCGGCUUCGACAUCAUCGCCACGACGGGAGAGGAGGCGAAGAACCCGAACACGUCCAUCCCGUACGCCAUCACCGCCUCGCUGGUCACCUGCCUCACUGCCUACGUGUCGGUGAGUGUGAUCCUGACCCUCAUGGUUCCCUACAACAUCAUCGACGGCUCCGCUCCUCUCAUGGAGAUGUUCGCGGUGCACGGCUUCCUGUUGGGGAAGUACACGGUGGCUGCGGGCGCCAUCGCCGGCCUGACCGUGUCCCUGCUGGGCUCUCUGUUCCCCAUGCCCCGAGUCAUCUACGCCAUGUCCCGGGACGGCCUGCUGUUCAGGUUCUUGUCUCGUGUGUCUGCGCUGACGCAUACUCCCACGGUGGCGUGCGUGGUGUCCGGGAGCAUGGCGGCGCUGCUCGCUCUGCUGGUGAGCCUCAGGGACCUGAUCGAGAUGAUGUCCAUCGGCACGCUGCUGGCCUACACUCUGGUCAGCGUGUGCGUGCUGCUGCUGCGCUACCAGCCGGACGACCAGACCGACACGCACCAGUUCGACUCCGGCGAGGACGCUGGCGGCCUGAAGCACCAGGACGACGCGGCGGCUCCCACCAAAGACGACCAGAUGCUGAUCGGAGACUCUGACGGAUCGGCGUCCUACCACGCCGGCGGGACUGAAGGCGAGGGGGACGACUCUGACUUCCACACGGGCCACGCCUCGCUGCUGAAGAGGCUCCUGGGAGGUCACUACUACACGCUGCGGCUGCGGCUGGGGAUGCCCGACGCCUCGGCCCGGCCCACGCCCUCCACCGGCCGCACAGUCACCAUGUGCACCCUCCUCUUCUUCGUCAAGUCCUUCAUGCUCUGGAUGUGCGUUAUAUUUGGCGUUGAGCAGCACACCGGAGUCAGGGCGGUGUUUUCAGGCCUCACCGCCACGAUGCUGGCCUGCGGCUUGGUGAGUCUGUUGAUCCGGAUCCUGCAGCAGCCGGAGAGCGGCAGGAAGCUGCCCUACAUGGCGCCCUGCGUGCCCUUCGUCCCCGCCGCGGCCAUACUGGUCAACAGCUACCUCAUGCUGAAACUGUCUCCGCUCACCUGGACCCGCUUCACCAUCUGGUGCUUCAUAGGCUUGUUGAUCUACGCUUGUUACGGCAUGUGGCACAGCACGCUGGAGCUCAACGCCCGGGAGCAGCAGGCGCACGCCAGCUCCUACCAGCGCUACGACGACCACUUCGACGACGACACCUUCUCCCCCGACGACGACUCUUACCCCCAGGAGCAGGAGGAGAGACCCUACCAGGGCUGGUCCGCCCCAGAGGAGAGGGGGCACCACUACCAGCAGCAGCAGCAGCAGCAGGACCAGUACGACCAGGACGGGGAGCAGCAACAGGGCCAGUAUGAGGAUAAUGGUGACCAGUAUGGAUACCAGUCUGGACCUGGAGGUCAGCCUGCGAGCAGAGGCAGAGGAAGGACCAAUCACGGCUUUGAUGCAGGUGAAGAGGAGGACUGAAAAGAGGAAGUUUCCUCUGAAAAGACCUGAAAAUUACAUCAGAAUGAACUAGGAGGGCACCGGGAGAUCAUGCCCUCACUCACGAUGUUAACGAAAAAUAAUUUGUGUAUUCUCGCGGAUCCACUCUGAAAUUUAAUGUGCUCUUUCUUGGCUCAUGCUCCAACUAUCCACCAAGUUUCAUGAAAAUCGUACUGGUAGUUUUUCCGUUCUCCUGCUGACAAACAAACACACUUUUAAAAAAUGCCGUCUACUUGAGGUACUGGAUCAAAUAACCUAUUACCCAUUGAGCCCCUCCCUGUGUCUGCUCGCUGUGAAAACCUGGUUUGGAUAUCAGAGGAGGAGGUUUCACUGAGUCAGAGCUGCAGAAGCUUUACCCAACAUCUGCGCUGGUUCUUACCUGCAGCCUCAGUGUGCACGCUUGUGUGAGACACAGUGGUGCUGCAAUACAAACGUCCCUCUGCAAAAGAGAAGAUUUAAUGCUUCUUGUCGUCUUUGCAGCUUUGCACGGUUAAACUGUGUUCAGACCAACAUAUUCAGAUCCUUUACUACAGUAAAAGUACUAGAAGGGCACUGGGAGAGUCAUGCCCUCACUCACGAUAUUAACGAAAAUAAUUUAUGUAUCCACCCCGCGAUCCACUCCGAAAUUUAAUGUGCUCUUUCUUGGCUCAUGCUCCAACUUUCCACCAAGUUUCAUGAAAAUCGUACCGGUAGUUUUUCCGUUCUCCUGCUGACAAACAAACAAGCUUUUAAAAUGCCGUCUAGACUAUGCACUGGAUCAAAUAACCUCCAGAAAAAUCACAUCGCAAGAUUUUAUUGCUAUUAUUUACCAGUGACCUGCCUUCACAUUAAAGGAACAGUCGCACUUUUAUUCUUCUUUGUGGAUUUCAGUGGACAGUUUUUAGUCUCCUUCGAGGAUCCACUCCAAAAUUUAACGUGCUCUUUUUUGGUUCAUGCUCCAACUACCCACCAAGUUUCAUGAAAAUCGUACCAGUAGCUUUUCCGUUCUCCUGCU